AUGGCACGACUUGCGCUCGCCUCCGGCAAGACGCGCAAACACGUCCCCAAAACGGGGUACACCACACUUAGUGUCCCACGUGCGCACCGACAACCCUCGCAACAAACACGAGAUGAAGAAGACCAGCUCCACAGCAACGGGCACCCUCCUCCCGUGAGUGCGCCAGACAGCGUCGACGAGGUACGCCUGGCUGGUGUGGGCCGUGAACGUUGUUUCAUAAUCUGUGUUUUAUGCAUCCAAUUGCCCCCAUAUUCGAUCAAGACUCUGCUAGAGGACAUGGAGGGUCUCACGAAGGCGGCCGAGGAGCACAUGGGCAACGAGAUGCCCGACAAGUUCGGGCUGAUACUGGACGGGUGGACACACGAGUCCGAGCACUACCUCGCCGUCUUUAGCCGCUACGAGGCGCGUGCCGGCCCCAUAUACCCUCUGCUCUCUUUAGCACUGAUCGUCUUUGAUGCAGCGGGGCGGUUUGAUGCCGAUGCCCAUUUGGAAGCAUUUGUGGCAUUCCUGCCAGUUUUGGGUUAG